CUCUCCUUCGUGUGUAAGUCAGAAAAAGAUUCAACAACUGUGCCCAAUUGUCUUUUUUCUCCCUCUUUCUCUUUCAUUUCUUCCCCCCUUUUUUAAAAAUUAUUUAAAUAAUGGAGCAAUUGAUCAAUCAAUAAAAUUUUACAGAAAGCAUUUCUUUUUUUCCUUUAUUUUUUAUUUUAAGCAAUUGAAUAAUUAAUUAAGGGCUCUAUAAAUAUAGGAUUGAGAUAGGACAUCACACAACAAUUACAAAAGCUUCUCCAAAAAACCCACCAAACCCACCAAUUUUCUACCUCUUCCCACAUUUUUUGUGUUCAUUUUUCUCUCUCAUCUCCUAAAAUUUACACCAAAAAAUCAAAAAUAAAAAAAAGAAAAGAAAAAAUCCCCUGUUUUUUGAUUUUUGGGUGUUCAUCAUUUCUAUGAUUAUUGUUUUGCUGACAUUUCAAGAAAAAGAUUGAAUCUUUUUUGGUAAAAACAAAACAAAACAAAAAAUGGAGCAGAAGAGUUUUUUGUUGUCAGCAUUGAGUGUAGGUGUUGGUGUGGGAGUUGGGCUUGGAUUGGCAUCUGGGCAAACUGUUGGUAAAUGGAUUUCUUCAAAUGAUUCAUUGGAUAGCAUUUCUGCUGAUCAGAUUGAGAAUGAAUUAUCCAGGCUUCUUGUUGAUGGCAAGGAAACCAAAGUCUCUUUUGAUGAAUUUCCCUAUUAUUUGAGUGAGCAAACCCGAACCCUGUUGACAAGCGCGGCAUAUGUACAUCUAAAGCAUGCUGAAGUUUCCAAGUUCACUAGGAAUCUGUCACCUGGAAGCAGAGCAAUCCUGCUAUCAGGACCAGCUGAACUUUACCAGCAGUUGCUUGCCAAAGCAUUGGCACACUACUUUGAUGCUAAGUUGUUGCUGUUGGAUGUUGCUGACUUCUCCAUGAAGAUGCAAAACAAGUAUGGCUUAGACAAAAAGGAACAUAGAGCGUCAAGGUCCAUUUCAGAAGCGACAUUGGGACGUAUGUCAAGCUUGCUAGGUUCCUUCUCUAUCCUUCCUCCAAGAGAUGCACCCAAAGGCACAUUGCGUAGGCAAGCUAGCACUACAGAUGUCAUCAAAUCUGGGUCUGGAGAUGUUUCUAGUUACUCCCAAAAGCAUCGUAGAAACGCCUCAACAUCAGCUGAUAUGAGCAGCCUUACUUCUCAAUCUGCAACUGGUUCAGUAAAACGCCAAACCAACUGGUCUUUUGAUGAGAAACUGUUCCUACAAGCACUUUUCAAGGUAAUAAUCUCCACAUCAGAAAAGAGCCCCAUCAUCCUCUACGUCAGGGACAUAGAAAGACUCCUCCUUCAAUCAGACAGACUAUACAACUUAUUCGACAAACUAUUACAAAAACUAAGUGGUUCAGUCCUCGUUCUCGGAUCCCGUAUGUUAGAUGCGAACACUGAUUACGAACAAGCAGACGAAAGACUCACCUUACUCUUCCCCUACAACAUCGACAUAAGGCCACCAGUUGACGAAACCAAUCUCGUAAACUGGAACACCCAACUCGAAGAAGACAUGAAAACAAUCCAAUUCCAGGAUAACAGGAACCACAUUGCUGAAGUUCUAGCAGCAAAUGAUCUUGUCUGUGAUGAUCUGGGUUCAAUCUGUCAUUCAGAUACUUUAACACUGAGUGAUCAUAUUGAUGAGAUUGUUAUGUCUGCGAUUACGUUCCAUUUGAUGAAUAAUCAUGAGCCUGAGUAUAGGAAUGGGAAGCUGGUUAUUUCUUCUGGGAGUUUGUCCCAUGGUUUGAGUUUGUUCCAGGAAGGGAAGAAGAUGGGGAGGAAGAUGGAGACGAAUGGGGAAACUGGUAAGGAGAUGGAUGAUUCUGCUGCUGUGAAAAGUGAUGGGAAGAAUGAAACUUCUGGUGCUGAUAAUAAAGGGGAUUCAGUUGCUCUGACAAAGAAUGCUGAGAAUGCAGCUCCUCCCAAGGAAGUAGCCCCGGAUAACGAAUUCGAGAAGCGAAUUCGACCCGAAGUCAUCCCCGCAAACGAAAUCGGAGUUUCAUUCAACGACAUCGGAUCCCUAGACGAGAUCAAAGAGUCCCUCCAAGAACUAGUAAUGCUUCCCUUAAGAAGGCCCGACCUUUUCAAAGGCGGGCUUUUAAAGCCCUGCAGAGGAGUCCUCCUCUUCGGCCCGCCCGGCACAGGAAAAACAAUGUUAGCAAAGGCAAUUGCUAAUGAAGCUGGUGCAAGCUUCAUCAACGUGUCAAUGUCCACAAUCACUUCGAAAUGGUUUGGUGAAGAUGAAAAGAAUGUUCGUGCAUUGUUCACACUUGCAGCUAAAGUUUCUCCUACAAUCAUCUUUGUUGAUGAGGUUGAUAGUAUGCUUGGGCAAAGGACUAGAGUUGGGGAACAUGAGGCUAUGAGGAAGAUUAAGAAUGAGUUUAUGUCACAUUGGGAUGGACUUAUGACUAAGCCUGGGGAACAGAUUCUUGUUCUUGCUGCUACUAACAGGCCUUUUGAUCUUGAUGAGGCUAUUAUCAGGAGAUUUGAGCGCAGGAUAAUGGUGGGUUUGCCAAGCAUUGAGAACAGAGAAAAGAUCUUAACAACUCUCAUGUCAAAAGAAAAGGCAGAAAAGCUUGACUUCCAUGAGCUUGCUACCAUGACUGAAGGAUACACUGGAAGUGAUCUUAAGAACCUCUGCAUCACUGCUGCAUAUCGGCCUGUUCGUGAGCUAAUCCAGAGGGAGAGACAGAAGGAUUUGGAAAAGAAGAAGAAAACUCAGGAAAACAACAAUGAUACUGCUGAAGGUUCAUCAGAGACAAAAGAACCAGAAAAGGAGGCUGAACCAAUCAUUUUGAGGCCCCUAAACAUGGAGGAUCUGAGGCAAGCAAAGAAUCAGGUUUCUGCUAGUUUUGCUUCUGAGGGUGCAGUAAUGAACGAACUGAAGCAGUGGAACGAGCUCUAUGGAGAAGGCGGGUCAAGAAAGAAGGAGCAGCUUACUUACUUCUUAUAGAAAGGCGGUAUGGAGAAGGCGUCAAGAAAGGAGCAGCUGUAAGAGAACUCCGAGUCCUCUUUGGCAAUGGAUACAUUAUCAUAAGGCAAUGAAGGAAGCUUAUGUAAUCUGUAUUUCUUGUUAAACACUUUUGGUGGGUGAGUGGAAAAAAACGAGUUUUAGAUAUUAGAUGCAACAAGGGGUUAUAUAUCUACUUAAUUUACCAUAUUCUGUAUUGAGUUUGCUCAUGUUGUAUCAGAAAAGAAGAGCCUAUAUGCAAUGGAGUAUGUAAUUAGAUUUCUAGAUUAUGAACAAAAACUUUAUGAUUUUUCUCUGUCACUUAAUGGGGUUGUAAUUUAUGUACUACUACCAGUUAUUGUGGCAGUAGCCAUUUGUACAUUAUGUCUUAUUUUAACUUACAAUUAGUACUUCUUGUUCUGUUUCUUCUA